AGUACUCCCUGAUAGCUGUGAUAGUUUCAUUUCAUCCAGCUGAGUGCCCAGAUGUUGAACGUCGCGCACAUUCGCAGCCACUUCAUCGAGACCUGUCUGGACGAUCGGGCAAACUCAUCUGUGAACCAGACUGUCGACGAGAAGCACGCGCUAACAUCGCCUCCCGACAGAAUGGACUCCUGGAACAUCAAAGACGCACGCGCCAUGAGAGCGCUUCAAUCGCUGCUGAAGGAAUCGAAGCCUACGGAGACGAGUAAUAGGACCAUUGAAGUGAUCGUAGCUGGUCUGCCGAGAUGUGCCACCAGCUCGCUACAGGCGGCCCUGCACUCUGAAUGGCUGGACUACAAGCCGACUCACCAUAUGGCUGAGGUCAUUGCCUUUCCCAAGGCACGACAGCUGGCUAUUCAAACCUUGCGGGAACCCCAUCCCGAAAAGCGCCAGAAGCUGCUCGCCGAGAUGCUUAAAGGCUACCGCGCUAUAACUGAUCAGCCCGCGUGCAUGUUCACUGCCGACCUGAUGGACCUGUACCCCGACGCCAAGAUCGUGCUGAACCAGCGGCGUAACGGCCGGGUAUGGGCCAACUCUGUCAACAACACCAUCGUCUUUUGGUCCAAACUCCACUACCGAAUCCUUGGAAUCUGGUUUCCUAUGAACCGCGACAUGCACCAGCUGGGCGCAGGUCUCUGGCAGUUCAGCGCGGACCAAAUGGGUACGCCGAACCCGUUCAGUACCGCCGACCCCAACUUCAGUCGGCCAGACUACUACGACGCCUUCAUCGACAACGUGCGCCGCGAGGCUAAGAAGCGCGGGAGGGAGGUGCUGGAGUGGCAGCCUGAGGACGGGUGGAAACCUCUUUGCGAGUUCCUGGGCAAGCCCGUGCCGCCGGCUGAUGUGCCCUUCCCCAAGACCAACGAGACGGCCGAGAUUAAGAAGGUUAUUAGGAUUCUCUACGUGCUGGGGGCCAUAUCCUGGAUGUGCGUAGGCGGGCUGGGCUAUGCAGCUGUUAAGUACGGGCCGUACCUGGCCGGUCUAGCUAGGGCAAAGGUUGCGACGUGGUGAUACGGUAGUGGUAGAAGGUUGGAGCAGCCAUAUUCACACUCGCCUGGCGUAGGCGUUAUCUUCAUGAUAAGCACCUCUGCACGGAAUGUAAGGGGAAAUUCGUCAAUCUCAUACUCUAUAACGUAAUCCACAAGCAAGUGAGCCACACAAGCAAGUGAGCCACCCACCAGGCACCCGUACGACAAUGUAUAAGAGAAUUCAACC